UUCAGCCUCUGAGCAUGUAGUGAGUGCUGUGGGCAAAGCUUCCCGGUGUUUCGUUGUCCAGGGCCUCUAGUCAUGGCUGGAGUUUCUCUCAUUGUUUUGCUUUUAGCUGCUUUGCAUCUCAGCGAUGCGACCUUGCGAUUUGCCUCCUAUUAUGGAGACCACAUGGUUCUGCAGAAGUCCCCACAGAGGGCUGUGUUGUGGGGUUACGGCCCUGACGGCGAAAAGGUCACGGUCUACUUGUCAGGUCCAAUUCUACAGAAAGUCUCAUCAGUGCCAGUGAAGGAAGGUAUUUGGCAAGUCACUCUUGACCCUGUUGAGGCCGGUGGUCCCUACAAUGUGUAUGCCAUCUCUCAAAGCAGUGCCUGUAACCUGACAGAUGUGCUGUUUGGGGACAUUUGGCUGUGUGGAGGCCAGAGCAACAUGUAUUUCAACACCUCUGCAGUAAGUGUCGUUGCAGAUUUUUCAGCUGUGUGUUGGCUUUUUGGGCGUUACAUGUACGACAAGCUGCAGUACCCCAUAGGACUGGUAGAGUCAUGUUGGGGAGGCACACCAGUGGAAGCCUGGUCCUCCCCAAGAGCCCUGAAGCAGUGUGGACUGAAUCAAAGUGAAGACAACUCUAUGAUGAAAAGCACCGUUUUAUGGAAUGCAAUGAUCCACCCAUUCCUCAACAUGACGAUCUACGGAGCCAUCUGGUACCAGGGUGAGGCAAAUGCAGAGUACCAUCAAGACAAGUACAACUGUUCAUUUCCUGCUAUGAUAAAUGCCUGGAGGAUGGGAUUUCACCAAGGCUCCGGGGGGCAGACUGCUCUUGACUUCCCAUUUGGAUUUGUUCAACUGUCCACCUACAAAAACGGUUCUGCAGAUGAUGGAUUUCCUGAAAUUCGCUGGCACCAAACGGCAGACAUGGGCUUUGUCCCAAACAGCAGGAUGAAGAACACCUUCAUGGCAGUGGCUUUGGAUUUACCGGAUAAAACCUCACCAUAUGGCACAAUCCAUCCCAGAGACAAACAGGAUGUUGCUCAUAGGCUAACACUGGGUGCUAGAGCUGUGGCUUAUGGAGAAAAAAAUGUAUCUUUCCAAGGACCUUUCCCCAAAGAAAUCAUGUUAAAGGAAAACUCAAUCAUCAUCACCUACGAUAAGGCUGUCUCUGUUGCAUCAUCUAAAAACAUUUUUGAGAUCUGCUGUUCAGAGAAGAAAGUUUCAUGUGAGACCAAGUCCAUUUGGCUUCCAGCUGCCAUCAUGGAUUGGAAUCACACCAGCAUCAGGCUGUUUGCUGGCUCGUGUCCGUCAUCUGAAGUUGCCGCUCUUAGAUAUGCAUGGAGAGACUGGCCCUGUGAAUUCAAAGCAUGCCCUGUUUACGAUAUUGAUGGGAAUUUACCUGCACCUCCUUUUAUCACCAAUAAAUACUCAGCCGAUCAAAAUGUUUGGAAAAGAAUCUGAAAAAGAAAUAAAAAUGAUUUUUUUACUGAUUUCUUUUAUUUCUGUAUUUUGUUUACAUUUUCUAAAAUCCACUCUACUUUUAUGAUUAAUGAAGACUAGUAAUGAUGGAGUAUGACUGGUGUUUUAUUCUCCUUUUUUCACGAGGAAUGGAAAAUAUUAGCAAUAGCCUAUUUGCUGGAGAAGACCAUUUAUCAGGUGAAGCUACAAGUCAGAUUUAUACUUUGGGACAGAAUCAUGAUAUUAGUGGAAAGGUGUUCAAUAAUAUACCUGUUUUAUAUUUAUUGCUGUUAGAUCUUGCAGUGUAUAAAACUAUUAAAAUUGGUCUAUUUACCCUUAAUCUGAGUACCGUAUGUAAAUAAUCUGCCAAUGGAAUGAGUAUUUUUACUGUUAAAAUAAGAUGCACUGGAAAUAAGGAAUUUGAAAUGUAAAUUGUCUUAAUCCUUUAGGUAUGUCUCACCUACCUCCUUAAUAAAAAAAUGCACUUAUUUUAAGAAAAAUUGACUUGGAUUUCAUUUUUUGCAGUGUAUGAACAGAUACCAGGGUAAAUAUGAAACCUGUAAAUUAGGAAUAUAUUGACUAUAAAAAAUAAAAAGAUGAGGGCAAGCUGAUAACUGGAUGGAUGCAAACAGAUUUUACACAAGUCUUAAAACAGUGUUUACUUGCAGCGAGGAAAAUACGUAUUUGAACAUCUAUUUUGCAAGUUCUCCCACUUAGAAAUCACGGGGGUCUGAAACUGUCAUCUUAGGUGCAUGUCCCUUGAAAGAGACAUUUUCUAAAAAAGCAAAAACAAAUGCAGAAAUCACAAUAUAGGAUUUCUUAACUAUUUGUAUGAUACAGCUGCAAAUAAAUAUUUGAAAAAUAAACAAGAUGGUUAUGAUUAUGUAGUUUAAUGACCUUGCUUGGUUCUCAGCUGGCACUUUUCAUUUAAGAGCUGGAACCUGUUUAGUUGAAAAGUCCAGAGUAAGGAUGGUGUAAUACAAACUCUGGCCUAGAGAGGGUGCUGCAUUCAUCUAUCUUUAUAAAAAUAUUAACUUAUUCAAUUUUAUUUCUUUUUUAUAUUUUUUGCUUUUGUAUAGAUUUUCAAUGCAUCUGAGGAGCUGGCUCUCUCAUCUAAAUAUACACAUAUUAGGCGGCUUUAAACAUGAGUAAAACGGAACUGAUUGAUCUCAUCCAAGUGGAGAUACCCUGGUUUGUCCCAAUAUGUUUUUUUCUCUG